UUUCAAAGUUAGUAAAGACGUUGAGAAAUUGAAGUGUUUAGUUACACAUUGUGUGUUGCCUUUGACGUAAGCUCACGUGGUUGAAACGAACCUGUCACAAACAAUUCUCUGUGUAUUGUCUGUCGCACCAGGUUUGCUUACAGCAGUGUCAGUGCUGGAUCGGUUGCAGACCAACUAUUAAUAUGUAGUAUAGAUUAGUUCACGCGGCAAGCAGAUAGCAAUAUUGAGUAAAUCGUUUACUAUACCCACAACAUCCGACAGCGACCUAUAGUUUGCAUACAACUAAAAUUGUGUGGGCGAAAAGGACUUGAGAAGCAUUUGCGGAGUUUUGCCAUGCGGUAAAGUGCAAACGAGGUUAUCGUUUCCGCAACUAUAGUAAGACUUUCAAAACUUAUCAAUGCGUUUUCAUUGGAUCAAGUUCACUACAACGUGCAGGGUUCUAAUAACUGUGGCAGUUGUGCAGUUAGUUUUCGUCAUAUACUUCAAAACAACAGUUCCCUUAUCAUGUCCUGAUGUUAUACAAAAUGACAGGCAGAACACAAUGGUGCAUGAGCAACGACAAGAAUACUCAGACCGUCUGCUGCGCUCAAUUGAACGUAAUGCUAAAGAAAUUGGAUAUUUUGUCAACUCGCAGUUGGACGAAAUGAAACCAUACGUAAAACAAGAAACUAAGGAAAUAUUUAAUGAACAGAAAAGGUUACUAUUAACUCGGAUAAACACAUUGCGCUCUAUAACCGCUGAUAAAAGAAACAGAAAGUCGCAAAAGCUGUUGGUGGAGUUGGAAAAACGAAUUCAAACUUCGCAGAACCCCUUGAAAUGCGAAAAAAUCCUACGAUGCGUUCUACCUGGAAGCGGACUAGGAUCCCAAAUGCACCAGCUUGUUCAUUGCUUCUUGGCAGCGUUUGGAACAGGACGUGUAUUGGUACUUGAGAAAGGGGCAACCAUGAUUACAUACGGAACUCUGGUAGAAUCAGUGUUUAAACCGCUGAGCGAAAAUUGCAGAGAUCGCCCAUCCCCCAACGCUGUGAUUUGGAACGGAAACACUGAUCAAAACGAAGAUGUUGUCAUGGUUACAUUUGGAAGUAUAGCUUCUAACCGUGGCAUGUUUGCCCCACCAAUUAUUCCACUCGAAAUGAAAGAUGAACUGGUUAAGUUGAUGGGUGAACCAGAGGCGUGGUUUGCAGGCGCUUUUGUUAAGUAUGCCAUGCGACUUCAACCAGACAUACAAGAGAAAAUUGAUAAAGCAACAUCAGAAAUGGACCUAGCUCCUCCGCUUGUGGGUAUUCAUAUUCGGCGAACUGAUAAGUUACUCUGGGAGGCACAACACCAUUCUGUUGAAGAGUACAUGCGUCACGUGGUAGAGUAUUAUGACGUAAAGAACCUGGAGACCAAUGAGGAACCGAAAGAGAGAAAAGUUUACGUGGCAAGCGAUGAUUUAACAACAGUUACUGAACUUAAGAAUAAGUAUCCCAACUACAAGUUCAUUUCUGGACAGUCAGCAAGUAGUAGAAAUCAUGAAGGAUUGGUCGGCGUUGUUACUGACGUAUUGAUUCUCUCCAAAUGCGACUACCUUGUUUGCACAUUCUCUUCUAACGUUUGCCGUCUUAGUUACGAACUGAUGCAUACUCACACAGCAGAUGCCUCAGUCAAAUUUCAUUCUCUAGACGAUAUAUAUUAUUAUUUAGCACCACGUUACCAAGUCGCGGUGCUUCCCCACACAGCGGGGAAUUCCAAAGAAAUUGACAUAGAAGUUGGUGACGUCAUAGGGGUACGUGGAAACCACUGGGAUGGAUUUUCCCUUGGCUUAAAUCGUAGGACCAGCAAAGUGGGCCUGUAUCCAUCGUUUAAAGCUACUUUUAAAGUGAACACUGGACAUUUCCUGGAUUAUCAAUUAUAGACUGCAUGCGAAAUCCUUACCAUGUGAAGAUUAGUGCAAUUGAGUACACCCAAAGAGGUGUUUAUUUUUAUUGUUUUAGUAACUUUGUUUGUAUCCAGUUGUUGAAUGCAUUCGUAUUUAUUUUUAUUAAAAUUAUCAUAGAGGUUGGUGAA